AUGGGUCAGGACCAGACAAAGCAACAGAUAGAAAAAGGACUCCAUCUCUACCAGUCUAAUCAGACUGAAAAGGCUCUGCAAGUCUGGAUGAGGGUUUUGGAGAAGUCUGCGGAUCCUGCUGGCAGGUUUCGCGUUUUGGGUUGCCUCAUCACUGCUCAUGCAGAGAUGGGCAGAUACAAAGAUAUGCUGAAGUUCGCAGUGGUACAGAUUGACACAGCACGGGAGCUGGAAGACCCAAAUUACCUUACAGAGGGCUAUCUAAACCUGGCUCGCAGCAAUGAGAAACUCUGUGAAUUCCAGAAAACAAUAUCUUACUGUAAGACAUGCUUGAACAUGCAGGGUACUACUGUGAGCCCGCAGCUGAAUGGCCAGGUGAGCCUCAGCAUGGGCAAUGCCUUCCUGGGCCUCAGCAUUUUCCAGAAGGCUUUGGAGUGCUUUGAAAAAGCUUUACGCUAUGCACACAACAAUGACGACAAGAUGCUGGAGUGUCGAGUCUGCUGUAGCCUUGGGAACUUCUAUGCCCAGAUAAAGGACUAUGAGAAAGCUUUGUUCUUCCCAUGUAAAGCAGCAGAGCUGGUGAAUGACUAUGGAGCAGGCUGGAGCUUGAAGUACCGUGCAAUGAGCCAGUAUCACAUGGCAGUGGCCUACCGGAAGCUGGGGCGCUUGGCAGACGCUAUGGACUGCUGUGAGGAGUCCAUGAAGAUUGCCCUUCAGCAUGGUGACCGGCCUCUGCAGGCACUGUGUCUGGUGUGCUUUGCUGAUAUCCAUCGCAGUCGCAGAGAUGUGCAGACAGCCUUUCCCCGGUAUGAUUCUGCCAUGAGCAUCAUGACAGAGAUUGGAAACCGCCUGGGUCAGAUCCAGGUGCUGCUAGGAGUGGCUAAGUGCUGGAUGAUCCAGAAGGAGCUGGACAAGGUCAGUAACAAACUUGUUUCUGCAUAA